UUCACUUUCCUUCGAGAUUCGUGCUCCGAUUCAUUUCAAAAUUUCCUCCCCGAUUCCUCUCCUCUUCGCUUUUAAUCUCAACUUCCAAAAACCGCUAUCAAAGAAUUCUCUCAAAACCCAGAGACAAUAAGAGAACAUGAAGAACAGCAACGCUAAUACAAAGCUGAUUCUCCUCCACCCAUCCAUCCACAAACCCACCGCCACUUCGCCCCACCGUCUCUUCCUCCUCUUUUUCAUCACUUUCUUCACUAUUGCUUUCUCUCUGACUCUUUUCACCACCACCUCUGUUUCCACCUCCGCUACUCCUUAUCUUUCCAGCCCCGCUUCUUCCUCCCUACCGACUUCCGUUACCGCCGCCCUCCUCCACUACGCUUCCACCGUCAACACUACCACCCACCACAUGUCGUCUUCCGAACUCUCCCUUAUUGUUUCCACUCUCCAUAAUUGCCCUUCCUCGCCGUGCCGUUUCCUUGUUUUCGGUCUCACCCAUGAAUCCCUCCUCUGGCACUCCCUCAACAUCCAUGGCCACACCGUUUUUCUCGACGAAAGCGAGUACUUAGUCUCGUCGUUCGAGCGCAACCACCCGGAGAUCGAAGCGUACGAUGUUCAGUACACUACCAAAGUGAAAAAAAUGUCGGAGCUGUUAUCCUUAGCGAAAUCCCACAUCGGAGACGAGUGCAGACCGGUGCAGAAUCUCCUGUUCUCUGAUUGUAAACUUGGGAUCAACGACAUGCCGAACCAUAUAUACGAUUUGAGCUGGGAUAUAAUAUUGAUCGACGGUCCACGUGGCUACUUCCCGGAUGCUCCGGGGAGGAUGGCUCCGAUUUUUACGGCGGGGGUGUUGGCGAGGAGCAAGAAGAGGGGUGAGAAAACCCAUGUUUUCGUGCAUGAAAUCGAGAGGAACGUUGAAAGCCUCUUUAGUGACGAGUUUUUGUGCGACGAAAAUUUGGUGGAAACCGUAGAUUCUCUGGGACAUUUUAUCGUCGGAAAAGAACACAAUAACGGUAAGAAAUCUGAGUUCUGUAAGAAUUUGACAUCAUCAUCGCCUUUGUCCGUUUCUUUAUCAGCCGGUGAAGAUGAUGAUUGAUACAAUUUUCAAGGUCGAUUAAUCUCUGCAA